AUGUUUAAGAACUUACAAAGCAUAAUUCACUGUGCUAAAACUCUGCCUGGCUUUUCUAACAAGUGCCUUGGUCCAACGCUGCAAGUAGCAAUAGUAAAGGGAUUCGAUCAACAGCUCAGAAAAAUCAACAAGAGCAACGUGAACGGCUAUACAUGCGCUCUCGAAGAGUGGAGGCCUAAAAGAAGUUUUGAGUUUAUCGCUAACAGUAGUAAUGAGACUGACGUCAGCGAGAAUGCUGCUAAAGCAUUUGGAGAGAAAGCAGCGAACUUGAUGAACCCAAGAUCUCGUUUCUCUUGGAUAUUCGUUGGAUGCGAAAAUUUCAUUGUGUACCGAUUCCAACGUGUUGUAAACGCAAAUUCGAACAUAGGAGUGGAUACGUUUUCGUGCAGAUAUGAAGUUGGAGAUGUGAGAUAUGAAGAUCCGGAAAACGAAGUGGAGUGCUAA